AGAAAAAGUUAGAAAAACAAGAAAGGAGAGAUCAAUAAGCAGCCCACUACAAAAGACCCCUGUAUUAUCUUUGCAGGAAGAACCAACAAUAACUGAAGUACAAGAGAAACUUCCAAAAAAAAAUAUUCAUGUUUUAAACUUAGAAGAAAAUCCCAAAGAGAAUGCUAAAGAUUUAGCUAAUCUUGAUAUAACGAUGAUGCAUACAGAAGAGGUAACUAAGAAGAAUGAUAAAAAUGAUGACAAGCUAGAAUCCUUCCACAUUCAAGAAGAGGUAGAAAAUCAACUUUUGCUCAAUAAAGCUCCAAGAAAUAAGCUAACAAUGAAGAAUCCAGCAUGA